AACUGAUAAUGGUAAAUGAAUAGGCCUUUGCAUGCAUUUGUGUUGCUCCGCCAUCAGCGGAUCAUAGACAGAACGCGGUGUUUCCCUCUACUCCCCGUCACCACUUUUAGUCGUGAAGACUGGCGCGUGCAAUCCAUCAUCAUCAUCAGCACCGCGGACAGCGACAGGGAAGAGGAAACGAUGAAGAAGACUGUGCCCACGGAAGAUGACAAGAGAACUAAGCAAGAAGAAUUAUCUUCGAUGUCAUCCGGCGUUCUAGACAAAUUAUUUGGAAAACGCCUCUCGCAGACCAGACAGUACAUCAUGUCCCGCAAAUCCUGGCUGAAAAUGGUGCCCACAGAAGACUGUGAUAUCCUAAUGACAUUUCCAGAAAUCACAGACGACCACAUCCUGCUAUGGCUGCUCAAUCAUAUCCGACUGGGAAUUCCACAAGUUUCCGUUCAGAUCCGACAGCAUCAACACACCAGAGGCUAUGCGUUCUUCAUCACGACGACAUUUGAGAACUUGCUGCGUGGUGCAGAGCUGAUGGGGAUGCACAAAGUUGUUAAACCACAAUAUGGCGGCGGCACACGCAGGUUUUCCUGUGAAGAGGAUAACAUCUAUGAAAACAUUGAGAGCGAGCUGUGCUUUUUCACCUCGCAGGAGCGUCAGAGCAUCAUCAAGUACUGGCUGGACAACCUACGUGCCAAACAAGGGGAGGUCCUUCACAACAUUCACUUCCUGGAUGGACAACCAAUCAUUCCAGAGUUGGUGGCCAGAGGGGUAAUCUAUCAAGUGUUUCCUCUCCAUGAGCAACGAAUCCUCAGCCAGCUGAUGACAUCAUGGGUCCAGGCUGUCUGUGAGAAACAGCCUUUAGAUAACGUCUGUGAUUACUUUGGCGUGAAGAUCGGCAUGUACUUCGCCUGGCUGGGCUUCUACACCAACUCCAUGCUGUAUCCUGCAGUCAUUGGGUUUCUGCUGUGGAUCCUGGCUGAGGCUGACCAGACCAGUCAGGACAUUUGCUGUGUUGUGUUUGCCCUUUUCAACGUGGUCUGGGCAACACUCUUCCUGGAGAGGUGGAAGCGGAGGGAGGCCGAGCUGGCCUACAGGUGGGGGACACUGGACACUCCAGCUGAGUCUCUUGAGGAGCCGCGUCCCCAGUUUCGGGGUAUGAAGCGCUGUAGUCCAAUAACAGGCUGUGAGGAGUUGUACUACCCACCGUGGAAGAGGACGAUGUUCAGGUGGCUUGUCAGCCUUCCCAUCUGUCUCCUCUGUCUCUGCUUUGUCUUCCUGGCCAUGCUCGUCUGUCUGGAGAUGCAGGAGUUUGUCAUGGAAAUUAAGGAGUUACCCAGUAUAACAAGAUUUGUUCCAAAAAUUCUGCUAGCCAUUGUCGUAACUGUGUGUGAAGAGGUUUACAGAAAGAUUGCGCAUUGGCUCAAUGAUAUGGAGAACUACAGACUUCAGAGUGCCUAUGAGAAUAAUCUCAUCAUUAAAAUGGUUUUUUUUGAGUUCAUAAAUUCUUACCUUAGCCUUUUCUACAUUGGAUUCUACCUCAAGGAUAUGGAGCGACUGAAAGAGAUGUUAGCCACUCUCCUGAUCUUCCGCCAGUUCUUCCAGAACAUCAAGGAGGUACUCCAGCCUUAUCUGUACGAGCACCACAAAUUAGGAGUAUUUGCUCCCAAGGUCGUGUGGGAGGUUCUACAGGCAAUAGUGCUCAAGUACAGCCGUCUGGCUUUAGGAAAAGCCAAGGCUUCAUGGACUAUCCAGUCCCUGCUAGCCCCCAAAUGUCCUGCCACACAUCCUGUGAACGGACAGACUGAACCGAACAAGAGAGGUGAUCUAAAAGCUGGAUACCGGUUCACAGAAGAAGAGUGGGACAUAAAUGAUACACUGAGGCAACGGAAGAUUAGCUUCAAUGAGAAGGUGGACGUUGCCAAGGAUGUUGCCACGGUGACCCAGCCAGAGGACAGCUUCCUGGAGGACAGUCCCACGAUGGUUGAGGAGGGAAUGGAUCCUUCCAGCAUCUUUGAGAUGGGUGACGAUGACAGUGACUAUGAGUCCCCUGAGACCAAGGACACUGGCAAAACGAGUGCCUCCCCACCAAGUGGCUCAGAUAUGGUAGAAUGUCACAAGCGGAAGAGUCUAACGCCUGAGAAAGAGGCCACCAAAUCCUGGAUGGACCCGCCAGAGGAGCCCCAGUCCGUUAUCCUGACUCAAGCUGAGAUUGAAAGCUGCAUGCAAACAUUUGAGGACACCCUGCAGGACUACCAGGAGAUGUUCAUCCAGUUCGGCUAUGUGGUUCUCUUCUCCUCUGCCUUCCCACUAGCUGCAAUGUGUGCCCUCGUCAACAACAUAAUUGAGAUCCGGAGCGAUGCCUUGAAGCUUUGCACAGGCAUGCAGAGACCCUUUGGUCAGAGGGUGGAGAGCAUCGGACAGUGGCAGACUGCAAUGGAGGCCAUGGGCUUGGUGGCCAUCAUAGUGAACUGUUACCUGAUUGGUCAGUGUGGUCAGCUGCAGCGCCUCUUCCCCUGGCUGAGCCCGGAGAUGGUCAUUAUCUCCAUCGUGGUACUGGAGCAUUUGGCCAUCCUCCUGAAAUAUGUCAUCCACAUGGCAAUUCCCGAUGUCCCUGGAUGGGUUGCAGAUGAGAUGGCAAAACUGGAGUACCGACGAAGGGAAGCUUUCAAGAAACACGAGCGACAGGCCCAGCAGCACUUCCAGCAACAGCUGAGGAGAAAGCGCGAAGAAGAGGAACUGCAGCGACAGGCAGAGCUCCAGGCCGAGGUUCGACAGGAGAGUGAGUACCACAAAGCAGACCACCAGCACCACCACGACAAGACCCAGGGCAAGCCUGGGGACAAACCCAGGAGACCCAGCUCUCUGCUGGGCAACAACAACGUGAUGAAGCUCAAGCAGAUCUUCCCGCAGCAGGGAAAGUUCACCUCGAGCACGACUCGAUCUCCUCAGUCCCCAACAGGAGAAGCCAAACUACCCGGCUUCCUCAGCUUCAAGUUCCGCAAGUCACCCGAGCUGAAGAAGGAGCCGUUGUCAGUGACACCAGCGACAGGGGCUGUGGUGACAGCUGCUUCCGCCAAUCAGGAGAGAUCCCAGUCCCCCAACAGGACAUUCAGCCCAGGGAAACUGUUCAGCUUCAGUAGGUCGGAGGGGGCGGUAGUGUGUGCGAACGGGGCUCAACUCCCCAAAUCAGGCGACCCUAAUUCCCAGGCCACUCCCACAAUUCAGGCCGCUAGGCAGGAACUGAACUCGCCCCCCUCUGGCGAGGAGCUGCCCUUGUCGGAGGGUGAGAAGAUAGAAACGAGACAAUGUAGUGAUGCCGACCCAUCUGGCUCCAAAUGUUAGUCCACCGUCGUGGCAACUUGACAACAGAAAGGGAUUCGGAGUAUGAUCAAGUGUCGUCUUUGUUAUGUUGCCAAGACAAUGCGCUUCCUGUAAUUCAUCCGAAACGUGCCAAACGAUAAGAUCAGAUGUAAGAAUGCAGCAGAAUUUGGAUACAUUCUCAGCAAUCCAAAUCACAGUAUGUACAGGCUGCAUCUGCGCCAUUAGUUGAAAGUAUGUACAAACAGUUCAACCCCAUGAAUGAGACCCAAGAACCUUGAUUAAAUACAGUUAUAAACUGCAUGACUUGUGGUUCUGAUGAUCAUCGUAAAGCAUUCCUUUAAAAGAUCUGGAUGGCAAUGUAUUCUGUUCCACAUUUUGCCGUUCCAUUAAUUCAAUUUGAUGUCUAAAAAGCAUGGCGAACCAUCUGCAUGCAUUUAAAUGUCUUCAGUUAUUGGGUACUUUAUACACCAAGCCAUUGUAUAUUCCUGCAAUAGUACAGAAUGAGUACAUUCACUGUGACUUUAAGAGAUAUUCUAUUUUUCUUAACUUUGUUUUUCUAUGACUUAUUUUACUACAUGAAGUAGUGAAUGUACCUUAGUGAUGCAAAACACUUCAAUAAACUUCAUCAUGAGACCACCGAAAA